AUGGAGGCUGAUAUGAAGAAGAGUGGUACGUGGAUCAUGAAACAUAUUCUUCUACUACGAGAGACGGUCAACAACAUUCAGAAGCUUUGGAAUAUCAUGUGCAUUCAAGGGAAAUUCAAGAUGAAGAAUGUCUAUAACCAUAUGGUUAAAGUUACUGCUUGUGAUUGGCAUAAUCGUAUGAUGAAUAAUCCGGAGAGACCUCGUGCCGUCUUGGUUAUGUGGUUGGUGUGCCACAAGAAAUUAGCAACAAAAGAAAGGCUUCAUAGAUUUGGUAUGUUAAAUUCUUCUUUCUAUUUUUUCUGCCCGAAUAUAGGAACGAUUGACCAUCUUUUCUACGAAUGUACUAAGUUGAAAUCUAUUUGGAUUGAUGUCCUUGAUUGGCUUCACUUUAGCCAUGUGCCUAAGAAUUGGAAAGAGGAAUUAGUUUGGAUUCUUGAACAAAGUAAAGGGAAGGGCUGGAAAGCUUCCCUCUUGAAGCUAGCUGCUACCGAAACUAUUUACAAUGCUUUGAGAUUCUAG